CGGGCCAAGUGAGGUGGGUGCGCACACGUAUGCAUACAUGUGUAUACACGUUGGUUGGAUGAGAGUCACGAAAAGUCACACUUGUGGAUAAAAAGUGUGGGUAUGCGUGUGUACGUAUUUAAUAAAUAAAAGAGAUAAAUAAAUAACCCGUGGUCUGCAGUGAAGCACAAAGAUAUAUAUUGCACACAGUCAGUACGGACGGAAUAUGGCUGCCAACGAGCAUCAGCAAAAAGACGAGGAUGACGGCCAGGAGCCGGCUCACCACGCCAGGAGGCCGAUGAACGCCUUCCUCAUAUUCUGCAAGAGGCACAGGGCCUCGGUGCGCUCUGGGUUUCCGCACUUGGAGAACCGCGCGGUCACGAGGGUACUCGGCGAGUGGUGGGCCAUGCUGUCCAACGAGCAGAAAAAAGCCUACACAAAUCUAGCCCAGGAGUACAAGGAUGCAUUUUUGAAUGCCAACCCCGACUUCAAAUGGUACAAAUUGCCGGCCCCUCCGCUUCGCACGUUAAACACGAGGCCAACGAAUAAAAAAACGGACGCGGCCCAGCUGGAGUAUAAAACGGCCACUGGUGAGUCGGAUUUCGCCAGGUUGGAGGAGGAUUCCAUACAACCGGGGAAACUGGCCGACGAAUCUCAGAUAGGUGGGCUGAGCUCGCUGUUCACGCCGCAGAAAAUUGCCACGCAACAUUUCAACUCCAGCAGCCGUCUCGUGACUAACGAAGCCAAUCCCGAAGUACUGAAACCGCCAAAGAAACGUUACACGGUAGUGACGGUCUCGCCCGGGUCCAAGGAGGAUUGCAAGGCCGACUUGUUCGGUGGUAGGAAGAGCAGGGUAGAGUCCGACCGUAGCAACAACAAUAACAACAACAACAACGAGAGCAAGCACCUCUCGAACGCAAUGGACGAUAGCGACGUAACGCAGACUUACAUCGAAGAUGCCAGUUUUCAAAGUGAGAGGAUCUGCAAGGGCCUGCGCUACCAGAAAUUUUUUGUAGACCCGCUGGUUGCCCAAUCGAAGAAGCGUCGAACCUCUGGCUACGCGAGUUUCGAUCAACACUCCAUUUCGUCGAACGUCAGCGAAAAGACAGAUUCAUUGAGCAGCGAGGGUACGAGUUCCCGUGGCGAUUUGGAGCACCUUGUCGAAGGGGCUGAAGGUAAUUUGGAGGCGUCGAAACCAGAGGACACCGAGACCGAAGGGGCGGAAGGGCAUACUUCUUGGACCUCGCGCAAGAGGUUUAAGGCAGAAGACUUCAAUCUCGAAGAGAAGAUCGAGGCAUUGCCGUCCCUGAGCUUGGAAGAAUUCCAGGCAAUGAAAAAGCAGCAGCAAACCAAAAAGAAAAAAAUCACCCAGAAAGUUGGAGGCUCGUUAAAACGGCUCCAGUACAACAGCUCGGCCGAAGAGAACGCGCGAAAAUCCAAUCAGCAAAAGGAAACGGAUAAGGCCAUGCUGGUCGGCAGUCAAAAGAGAAAAGCACGAAAAAAUAGUAUAACGAGGAACACGGUGCAAGGCGGCUCGUCUACUGUUAACGCGGAGCAAGAACCCAAAGCAUGGUGCACAUCGCCAGAUCUCGAAGCAUUGGCAUGCCUAGCAGCAGUUGCUGCAAAUCGCAUCAAGUUAACCAAGUCGUAAAGGUUGUUUUAUUCUCGUACGAUUUCACCUUUCUUCCGUUUAUCUCUAUGAGUAAAUUUUACCUCUACUCUUUAUUAUUAUUUUGAAAAAUUUAUAAAAACGUUAUUGAUCGAAUUUUCCUCACGAUAUUAGUGAUGUAUUCAAUGAGUUUGAUAUUAAUUAUUGUAAAGUUAACUAGAUUUUAAAAAAAAGAAAUUCGGUACCAAUCUGUUGCACAAAAAAAAAAAAGUAAAUCUCGUGUAUAAAACAUGUUUACACGCAAACAAAUUUUCAUAAUAGUCCGACCGCCUCGGGAGGGUUUUGUAUACAUUAAGAAAUCUCCUCGGCAACUUGAUGUUACUUUAUGUUUUUUGGAUUGCUGAUCACGAAUUUCUUGAUUAGGCCGAAAAGUUGUAAGUUAUUAACAGUUUUAUAGAAAAAUUAGUUAAUUUUGAGAGAUUUUACCGUUUGUGGUCAUUAUAGGCCAAAUUUGAUAGCACCAAUCGAUUUCACGGAAAAAAAUUACAUGUAAAACAUACUUUUUUUUCAUAAUUUCUAUUUACAAAUAAGUUGUUAUUGUUGUCAUAAAAUACAAAGAACAAGCCACCCGUGACGUGUGUGCGCGAUAUACGCCAGUACAGGCGAGCCGCGUGCGAUUAAAAUUAACGCAAAUUGGAUAAAUUGUAAACGGGAUUUUUUACAAUAUCAUCAUUAUCGCAUUAAAAACUUUUCUCCACAGGUAUUGAGACUUUUAAUAACGUGCAAUAUUACCUCAUUUUUCCAUAUUAAAUUAUUGAUAAUUAAAUAACUCACAACUUUUCGGUGAGGUAACCAAGAAAUUCGUGAUUAGCAAUCCAAAAAACGUAAAGUAACGCCAAGUUACCGAGGGGACCUAUUAAUGUAUACAGAACCCCUCUUCCUAGUGGUCGAACUGUAAGGUUUCUAUUAAGGUUUAUAAAGUAUGCCAAGGUUUUUUUUUCAAAAACGAAUGCAACUUUGAUUUAGUCUAGUGCGAAUGUACAUGUGUAUAAAAGUUGUAGGUGCAGUAUUAUAAAAUUUUAUUUUUUCCUUAAGUUCUUAUGUUACUUGUCAACGAAUUUGCGUUUGCAUAAUAGGAAUGGAACUUAUCCGUAUAUGAAGAUGUACACUCGCUGUGGGCAAAACGCUAAGAUUUAAUUAUUGAAAUUAUUCAUCGUAUUGAAACACGAGGAAUAAUCAUAAGCAUAAAACAAAAAUAUGACUAUAAACGACUAUCAUAUUAACAACUACUAAACAAUGUCAAAACUAUUUUUUAUUUUUUAUAAAACUAUUCAAGAACUGAAACUUUGUGAUUUGCGAAUCAAGUCACGGCGAGUGUACGUCAUUAUCAAUGCAUAUAACUCCGAGACGCGUGUGCCUUGCCCAUAAAUUUUGCGGACACGAUAUUUUUUAACUUUUAAAAACAGAGCUUAUUUUCUGCUACAAACAGAUAAACAAAAAUUUUCAAGUGAUACACAUAGUGAUCCGAAAAGACUGCAAAGGUUUAUCUUGACAAAUCGGUUCUUAGUCAAUACCAAAUAUGAAAAUUCAAUGCUCGCAUGCAUUUUUUAAUUAAACUGAAGGGGGAAAAAAAAAUUUCUUUUUAAAAAAGUCGAAAUAGAACUAAUAGUACCUAAUAAUUUUUUUAUUUAUUUAUUUUUUUUCAUUUGUUGACUCAGUCUUACGAACUUACAUUACUAAUUAGUUGAAGUAAUAGUAUUUUUUACGUACGCGCCCUUUAAGUUAACACCAUUCCGUACAGUUUAAUAAUGUACAGACAUGAUUUACUUUCGUUUGAUAAGUUAAUAAAUUUGUACCGUUGAACUACAAGUCAACAUAUUUGCAGUGUUGCAACAUAGUCACGAUAGUUGUUUUUUUUUUUUUUUUAGUGGAAACAAUGCAAGGAGUACAGAUUUUUACCAAUUUUUCACAAUUUGCGUACUUGAAGCU